GGCGCUGACAGCGGUCGAGCAGCCGUUGAUCUUCCGUCUUCUCCCCGCGGUGGAAACAUGGCUCUGAGCCGUCUGGAAAAGGUUCAGGUAUGGCUCUUCAAGGCGGUCAUGGGAGUCUUCUCCGUACUGUCGGGGUUCUUCUCGUCUCGGAGACCCGCUGUGUUCGGGAAGAAGCUUCCGCCCGUUAACAACCCGCUGCUGCUCACAUCAGCGACGCAGCUCGCCAAGAAGAUCCGGAGAAAAGAGGUGUCGAGUGUGGAGGUGGUGCAGGCUUACAUUGACCGGAUCCAGGAAGUUAACCCUUUUCUGAAUGCUGUUGUGAAAGACAGGUUCGCUGCUGCUCUCCAGGAGGCGGCCCAGGUUGACAAGCUGAUCGAGGAGGAGACUGGAGGAGAGGAGGUGCUGGAGGACCGACUGCCGUUACUGGGAGUGCCGCUAUCUGUCAAAGAGUCCUUCGCCCUCCAAGGCAUGCCCUUCACUACAGGCGUGAUCUCCAGGCGAAGGGUCGUGGCUGCCUCCGAUACUCCAUCGGUGGCCCACUUGAAGAGAGCGGGAGCCAUCCCACUGGGCGUCACCAACACCAGUGAGCUGUGCAUGUGGUGCGAGUCGCACAACCACCUGUACGGCAUCACCAGGAACCCGUACGACCUGGAGAGGGUACCAGGAGGAAGCUCAGGGGGGGAAGGCAGCAUACUGGGAGGAGCAGGUGCAGUCAUCGGCGUGGGCUCAGACAUCGGUGGCAGCAUCCGCAUGCCCUGUUUUUUCAAUGGGAUAUUUGGUCAUAAAACCACUCCAGGUGUCGUGUCCUGUGAGAACCAGCACCCUCCUACCUCUGGCAGACAGGAUGAGUACAUCAGCUCCGGUCCAAUGUGCCGCUACGCUGAAGACCUGCUGCCUAUGCUCAAAAUCAUGGCUGGACCCAAAGCUCACAUGCUAUCCCUGGACACAAAGGUUGACCUCAAGAACCUGCGGUUCUUCACCAUCCCUCACGACGGUGGCAGUACUUUUACAUAUCCGGUCAGCAAAGAGCUCAUAGACAUUCAGAGGAAGGUAGUGAAACGUCUGGAGGCCGAUCUUGGAGUGAAAGUCCAGGAAGUGCAUUUCCCUGAGCUCCGCUAUAGCUUCCAGAUCUGGGACAACUACAUGGGUCUUCCUGACAAGGAGGGAAAGCCUCCCCAGCCGUUCACUGAGCUGAUGGGUGAACCGGGUCGCCCAGCGUGGCCUGUGUGGGAGCUGCUGAAAUGGAUGAUAGGAAAAUCCGAGCACACCAUGGCUGCUAUUGGUUUGGGUUUGCUCGAGAUAACCCGGAAGUCCAAAACCUCAUCCUUCAUCAUCCAGCAGAAGGAGAAGCUGCAGAAGGACGUGGAAGAGCUACUGGGCACCGACGGUGUUUUUCUUUACCCCUCGCACACCAGAGUGGCCCCCAAACACCACGACCCACUCUUCAGACCCUUUGACUUUGCCUACACCGGCAUAAUUAACAUCCUCGGACUGCCAGUUACACAGUGCCCUCUGGGUCUGGGUGAGGAGGGUCUACCUCUGGGUGUGCAGGUCGUUGGUGGGAAGCUGCAGGACCGUCACACCCUCGCUGUGGCUCUGCACCUGGAGAACACGUUUGGAGGCUGGAGGGACCCUGGAGCAAACUAAAACCACACCUUCACAUGCUAACAGCCAUUACCAAAUCUCCAGACUGGUGCAGGUUGAAGAUUGUGGUACACUCAUGCCUGACGUGCUGCCUGCUGUAGUACACAAACACAGAGGGGUAUAGCUGGCACUUUGCCUCCAGUGACAGAGAUUGAUUUUUGCACUAAUGAGGAAUCAAUCAUUCCAGUGUCUGUUGUGACUUUAGCACCUAACCUGUUCAGAGACAGUUACGUCAUGAGCACAAGCUUUAAAAAUGUUGAGAAGAUGAGAGGAACUAUCUGUUAGCAUUCACAUUAUCACACAAAAUAAGGUUUUUGUGCUGUUUAUGACAGUUACAGUCACACACGUAAAUGCAGACUUACUGUUACUAUCUUAAGCCCCUGAAUGUCGGGUUUAGUAUUUUGAAAAGCCUAAACACACACUUUCACUCAGGUUGUUCUCAUUCUGACUAAUUAGACCUCUGCUCACGUUCAUGCGCUGUGUUUUCUGAGGUCACCUGAAUCUUUAAAAGGUGUCAUUUGCGCUGUACUGACAGCUACAACCAAUCAGAGAGACGACAAUCAAGUGUGGUCUGGACACGCCAUCAUAGCAAAUUCAUUUAAAGAGCACAUUUCAAAACAAAUGCUGACCCAAGUGCUUUACAGAGAUGGAAUUGGGUGGUCUAAAGAGCCAGAGGAAUGAAACACCUGUGCAGGUUUUUACCUGGUGGCUAAUCCUAACAGGCAUCAGUGUGAUAGAGGAUAAAAAGGACAAGAGGACUUACCUGACAGUGGUGGAAAUAUACUGGAAAAAAUGCAUAAAACCUUAGCUGCAUGAUAAUGUGAAUGUUGCAGAGUAGCGCUGGAUCGACUGUGGUGCCUGUUUUAUGUUGCAGCUCAUUUCAGUGAAUAAAAAAAAUGAGGUCAGAA